GACAGCAGUGAAGAGGAAAGUAAGAGGGUUUUCUUGUAUUCAGAAUGAAGCUGCACGCGCCCAUCUUCACUUUGUUGUUUUUCGCUUCACUCUCGGUUUUGGUCGAGAGCUCCAAAGCGGAUAGCGACCAAUACUUGGAUUAUAUGAAGGGCUUCCUUGGUUUUGGUGCUUCUGUAGCCGCCAUCUAUGCGGCCUAUUUCCAACCACCAUCCUCCUCGACGACUUCCUUCAAGAUGACCGCAGACGCUCGGUAUGACGGUGCUGUGGCUGCUUGUAGUCUGCCACAGCUACACCAUCAUGUUCAGUAUACCGUGUUUGCAGGGUUCAGAUAUGCUGAAGUUUUGCCUACUUUAGUCUAA